AUCGUUAUUAUUAUUAACUUUACUUAUAUUUUUACUUUAAAAAACAGCUACAUUUUGACUUCCUGAAGUGGCCGAUAGACACAACCCCAAGUUAAUAACAUUAUCGAUGAGCUCAAAGAUAAAAUGUUUGAAAUGAAGGAUGUAUUCGCUAUUGAAAAAAACAACCUUAUAGCUGUAUUUGAAACUUUUCCAAAUGAAUAUGAAAUAUCUUUUGAAUUAUAUUUAACUAAUUUUAUAAAUCAAUGGACGAGCGUACUUCAUUUCACAAUAGGUGAUGAUAAGAGUAAAUACGGCGACAGAAUAUUCAGUUUUUAUUUUUUCAACAACUUUCCUGAAAUUAGUUCGUCAAUCAAUGGAAAUUAUUAUGUAAAAGUACUUUCUUCGCCAUUAAAUUUGAUGGAAUGGAAUAAAUUUUUCAUAAGUCAUUCUUUGUUGAAUGGAAUCUACACUUAUGUCGUCAAAAUGGAUGAUACAGUUAUCAUUACAUUACAAAAUACCAAUGCACAACCUUUUGAGUAUGUUAGACUAUAUACAAGCAAUCCCUGGUAUUAUGCACAACCAGGAUACAUAAGAAACUUAGUUGUGUCAAAUGUAAAUACUAUGCCUUUUUUUACUGUUAACAGCGAACUUGUUUUACAUCAAGGCAAUUAUUUAACCACAAUAAAAAAACUACCGAAAGAGUAUGAAAUAACAUUUGAAGCAUAUUUUACUUCAUAUUUAACAAAUGCCUGGUCAGAUGUAAUAGCUUUCUAUGAUAAUGGCGAACGAGUUUUUGUGAUUACCAUUUAUAAUACUAUUCUUUAUGCUUGCGCAUCUGUUAAUGGUAAGGUUGGCUACUACAUUGAUGUAAAAACAUACAACUUAAAUGAAUGGAUAAAAUUUUCUGUAAAACAAAGUUUCAUAAAUGGUAAUUACAAUCAUGUUGUUCAAAUUGCUGGAAUUAUAGUUGAUGAGCUUCAAAAUACUGCUGCAAAAGUCUUUCAAAAUGUUGAUGUUUAUGCUCCUGCUUACAAUGCACAACCAGGAUUUUUAAAAAAUUUAGUUGUAAUAAAUGCAUGUCCAAUUUGUGAUUUAAUACCAAUGCUGUCCAACAAUAGCUAUGAAGGAGCAAUUUAUCUGCUUGUAAAUAUAACAACAAAUCCAGAAUGUUUAAGUUAUCUUCAAAAUGUAAAUAUCUAUCUGCAACCUGAAUCAUUACUAAUUUUCAAGAGAUUUGUUUGGUUUGGUUCAAGUAUGAAUGUUUCUAAUGUUCAAAAAAACGGCAAAUCUUUUAUCAUUAAUAUCGAUUCGGAACUCUGUCUCAUCGGAUUUUUCUCAAGUUUUCGGAGUUUAAGAGAAAUCAAGAACCUUCAACGGAACUCCAACAAAGUUUUUGAAAAAAAUCUUUUUUUUCUGGUUGGAAGUCUCACUAAAAACCUAUAUGCAACCUUUUCAAUUAUUUUUUCUUAUGAAAGUGUACCUAAGAAAAAAAGCAACGUUUCGAUCAUUGCUGGUUAUAGCUGGAACUAUUUUUGUGAAGAUCCUGGCGUGAAAUACAAAAAUCAAACAAUAAUGAUAUUACUCAAUAGACCAAUACCACCAGUGAAUAAGAUACAUCCAACAUGGAACUACGAACAACCAGAUAUUUAUACAUCAUUGAUGUAUGAAACUCGACAAUUUGUAUGUCAGAUCAUUCAAAAGAGACAAUCUAGCCCUUGUUAUCAGCGUGAAAUAUCAUCUGGAGUUAUUAACUUUCUUCCAAUUCAAGUAAUAGAAGUAAUUGGUUACGAUCCAAACACCACACUAAUUUAUGGACUUACAACUAGAAAUAAUUUAAUUGAGGUUGACAUCAGUACAAGAAAACCUUUUGUUAUAACAAAAGAAAGAUGUUUGAAUGUACCUCUUUGUGAGAAGUUUUUAAGUAGAAAGUGAUCUUUUAUUUUAAGUGUUUUUAAUAUAUCUUUUUACACCUUUUUUUAUUCUAUUUGUAUUUAACUUGCAAAAAAGUUUAAAUUUUUUUAAUUUUACAAUAAUAUUCCACAAUACUGUUUAAAGCACAUAAAGAUGUAAAUAAUUUAUAAAAGAUGUGAAUUUAUAAAAGAUGUAUUGUAACGUGUCUUAAAAAAAAU